GGUCGAGGGGUCUUCGAACUACAGGACAGGAGAAAAAGUUCAACAACUCUACCUGGUGACUUCUUGUGGUAUUUUGAACAAAGCGCCAUGGUAUCAUGCGAAAGUUCGUUAAGCGGCGGUGGUAUUUAAACGCGGAAUAGAAAGGCUAUACGCACAGAUUUAUUAGCAUACAGUUUAUAAGGGAAAGGGUCUACUGCAGUAUACAGUUCCACUACAGUCGGAUGUGACUUACUGUAUCACAGUCUUUUGUUAAGAGCUACGUUUCCGAAACGGCUGGUAGGCUUUCUCGUAUGGAAAUGUUCGGGGUUAUCCAGCAAUAUCUCUGAGGCGACUUCGGGAAUUUAUUUCACUGCAAAUUGUUAUACGAAAACUUGGUCAUUAGUAACGGUCGCCGUGGAAAGAGACGAGCCAUUGGACACCAGAUUUGUGGGAAGAGCAUCUCUCCCUCACUGAGGGGUGGGUGGAGCCAUAUACUGUGGGAGGGGCAUGUAGGACCCACCCACUCCAAAUAUGGACAACGAGUCUCAAUACUCUGGCUACUCUCACAGAUCAUCGCACUCACACAGCUCCAGAAAGCACAGAGACCGGAGGGACAGACAUCAGCGGUCGAAGAGCAGAGAGAGCAGCAGGGGACACAGGACAAAGCAUGGACAAAGUCAAGGUGCCCCACUUCUGGAUGACCAUUGGGCAGACAACGCCACCAUCAUCACAGCCACGUCGGAGCGCAGUGUCUCCCGCGACGACAACCUCAGCGCCCUCGGUGGCGGCGGCGACGAGAUCGAGGAACUCCACGCGUCGCCCCCUGGUGGCCGGCGCCUGGCGGCCCUGUGCCGGGUGCUGCUGGGCUGCGCCCUGGGCCUACCGCCCCUCCUCUCUCCACCCACCUUCAUCCUCCUCCCCCGCCUGCUGCUGUGGAUGAGCUGGACGUCAGGGGACGGGAAGGGGGAGGGGGUCUUGGAUGCCACCCAGGCCCCAGUGGAGGAGUUGACGGCAGAGGGCCUCUGCGCGCAGCUCUGCGAUGGGGCCCACCUGGCUCUGGCCGUGAAGCUGCUGCUGCUGCUGCCCUCCAGCUGGGCACUGUUCCUGCGGGAGCCUCUAGGAGGCGCCUUAGUGCCACGUGCGUCCCGGCCGCGCUGGCUUCUCCGCGUGCUGGUGCUGCUGUGCGCUGCCUGCCACUGGCUGCUCUACGGCGUCAGAGGGGUGUGGAGGCCGGGGGCCGAGCCACAAGGCAUCGUGGGAUUGGCGACGGCGUGCACAGACGCGCUGCUCUGGCUGCAGUAUGCCGGCCUGAUGCUGCUGGAGGUCUCGGCCUUGAACCAGCAUGCCUUCUGCCUCAAGGUCAUGCGUAGCACUGAUGGAGAGAGUCGCUGUUACAAUGUGGGACACCUUAGUAUUCAGAGUGCUGCUGUGUGGGUGCUGGAGCAUUACUACAGAGACUUCCCCAUCCACAACCCCAACCUGCCCAAUCUGCCCAAAGCCAUCCUCUCACGCAAGAUGACCGGUUUCAAGCUCUACUCUCUGGAGGAAGAGAACAGCAGUGUGGGCACCUGCACGAAUCCUCCUCCAGCACUGAUGGCCUCGGCCCAGUGGAGACGAAACUGCCACAGCGAGCUCUACUACGAACAGGCUGACUACGAGCGCCGCGUACGCAAACGCAAGGCCAGGCUGGUGGUGGCGGUAGAGCAGGCGUUCUCACAGGUGAGGCGGGCAGAGGAGGGCGAGGCCCAGAAGCGUCAGCAGGGGGCGCUGGACCCGCGUGAGGCGGCACAAGCCAUAUUUGCCCCCAUGGCCCGAGCGCUGCAGAAGUACCUCCGCACCACUAGGCAGCAGCACUGCCACAGCAUGGAGGCCAUCCUCACACACCUGCAGUUCUGUCUCACGCACAACCUCAGCCCACAGGCCUUUCUGGAGCGCUACCUGAGCCCAGGCCCAACGCUGCAGUACCAAGCUGUGUCCAGCAGGAGGCAGGAGUGCGGAUGGACACUUCAGAGCGAGCUGUCCGUCACCUCCUCCCUCUACGGGGGUGUGGUCUUCUCUUUGCACCGUCCACAGUUUUCCCUGGUUGUCACGGCAACACCCCUUCCUUUCCUUCAGCUGGGGGAGAAGUUUGUAAGCCCGAAAAGCCACCGCUUCAUUCUGAGAGUCCAGUCCGAGACCUCUGUGUGAGAGACAGAGGACGAGGAGAAGGAGAAAGAAGUUUAACACUCUAAUAUGAAACCAAUAUUCAGAUAUUUAAAUAACUACAAAACAAUCAGAUCCUGAUGUGUAACAUCCUCAAAGAGGAGGAGAAAGGAGGAGUUAGAUCAAAUGAGAGGGAGAAGAAGGAGAGAGAGGGGGUUAAAGAAAGAGUGAGGAGGGUGGUGGAAGAGGAAGAGAGAACACUGUGGGCUUCAGAGGAGAAGAGAAAGGGAGGAGGAGGAAAGCAAAACAAAAGAAAAGAGGAAAUGAUGAAAGACCUCCAUUUAAAUGGUGGGCAAAGUGUAAAGUCUAAAAGCUAAUC